AUGGGUGAUACGAAUGGACAAGUAGUAGCUGGUGGCAAUGGCCAAGGAAAUCGAUUGCACCAAUUGGAUCGACCAACUGAGGUGUUGAUCGACAAAGAGACGGAUAGUCUCAUUAUUUGUGAUACUGGACGAGUCCUUCCAACAUUGAAUCUUUUACAAUCAGAUCAAUCAUUAUUAACUACUAAUCAAUGGACACUUCUCACAAAUUUAUUUCAUCGUUAUAAAGAAUCUCAGAUUUUACCACUUUGUGAACGUUUAAUAGAUACACACGAUGCUUCACAAUCGAAUUAUGCGAUUUACAAAGUACUUUUAGAAGAAUUCUUAGUAUCUCUUUACGAAACAGCAGGAUUAUACCUUCGUUCCAAUGAUGAUUUUCGUAAACUAUCAUCGGAUGAUCGUUCCAUAAUACUUCGUAAUGCUGCUGACAAUGUGUGCUGCAUGAGUGGUACAUUCGUUAUGCAAUAUUUCUAUUUAUAUGGUCGCGAUGCUAAACGCUAUGAGUGUAAAUAUGCAGAAGUAAUAUGGAAAUAUCUUCUCUACAAAUAUGGUCAUUAUGACGCUGUAAAACGAUAUCUUAAUAUAAUACUUUGGCUUAUUUCUAUGAGUAUGUUAACAUUUCAUGCUCAAACUCUGAAACCACAUAUUAAUGAUCUUCAUUCAAUUAUUGAACAAACUGAACUAACACUUAUAUUAGAUGAUGUUGAGCCAAUAAUUGAAAUAAAUUAG